UUCUAAACCCAUUCCCACCUCCUAAUCCUAAUCCUAAGUUGAUGAAUAUUUGUUUUUACAAGAAACCCCACAUGAUCAAUUUGAUCAUAUCAUGCUCUCAUUAUUUUCUACCUUCCAAUAAAAACCAUCCACCUCUAAUCAGACAAAAAACGUUGUAGUUAUAAGUCACUUUGUUUCUUCUUUCUUCCACUUCCACUUCCAUUCCAUCAUCAUUAUUUUCAUCACAAGAAACUAAACUACCACCAACUUCUCUUACCCGUUCUUUCCUCUGUCUUUUACAAACUUUGCAGAUUUUCAAGAAUUGUGAAAACCAAAAAACACUCGUUAAAGACCAAAUUUCUGUGUUAUGGUUCACAUGUACUCUUGACUCAUUCAAUACGCAACUUUUGACGCAGAAACUUCAAAAUAAACACUACCCCACUUUUUUCCUCUUCUAUAUCCCUAUUUUUCCUCUAUGAAAGUGAUGGAACUUGCUCAAAUUCCUGAGUUGGAUUUGGUUUCUUCUUCUUGUGAGGCUUUGGAAUCAGAACAGAUGAAGAUAGGUUCACAGAGAAUCUUGGUUUCUGAUCACAUAAACGCAUAUCAAUAUUCUUCUGAGAAAGUAGAUAGCUUUGUGAUUGAUAUGGACUCUUUCUCUUCUACCAUCAACAAAGACAUAAUCAAUGCCAAUUCAAGAACUACGCGGAGCCUAUCCAGGAAAGGAUCCCAGCGUGGGGGUGAUAGAAAUGUGAGUGGCAAUGUCACACUUCAAGACAAGGAUAUUGUCCCUACUACAUGUUCUCCGAAAGCGGCUCUGUUAGGAUCAUGCAAGUCAACGGUGGUACCAGUGGGGUCCACACAGAAUUCAACAAAUCCACAACAAGUACAUCAUCAAAUUACUGUCACAACAGCUAGUAACAUGUGUAACACCAACGCAGAAAACAAAUCUAUAACAAGAAGAAGUAGUUUUGGACGAUCUUCUUCAUGGCUUCUUGACCCUAAAAAAGUUCUUCUUGUGUUUGCCACAUUGUCAAGUGUAGGAACAUUGUUACUGAUAUUCUUGACUCUUAGUAUCAGCAAGCAUAAUGGAGUGGAACAUUGAAGUGAUUUGCAAUAGUUACUAACGAAUUAUACCGGAUAAGAUGAGAUUUUGGCACGUGCCAAAAAAGUGUGAAGAAGAAAAAAUUACAUAAGGUUCAAAUGCUAACUAGAAUUUCCACCAACUUUAUGUCAGAAUCAGUUACCA